UCGCCAUUUUCGUCCGCAGUCGCAGAUAAAUCGCGUCGGUAUCACACGCGCCCGCCUGCCGUACGCCGGUACGGGCUGAAAAAAAAUAUAACAUCGAUUUUUGAACGUGUACAUACUGUGACGUGACUGUGUGACUUAUGUGUGUGUGUGAUUGAUAUUAAAAUAGUGAUGUGACACAAAUUUUAAAUUUGGAAUUUCUUCAUAUACUUUCAGUUCGUAUUCUAGCGAAGAAAAAAGAAAAUCGUGUUAUUUCAUUAUCCAAAUGCACCCAAAGUAUGGUAAACGCUGACCGUCCUGAAAUCAAAUCGAGGGAGCGGAAACUGCUGAAAAUUGUAGCCAGUGAUGUGUGAGAUUAUGUGCAGACACGUGAACUAGCUAUGACUGUGGCGUUCUUGUUCGGGGCUCUUGGUGCUUUGGCCCUUGUCACGCGUACAGGUUGCACAGACAAUGCAAAUGGCCUGGGCAGCGAUGGAGUACCAGAAUUGGACUACACCGAUGUCGAUCUUGGCUUGACGCAGCGCGGACCACAUUUCGAUAUAGCGUACUCGAAAAACGUGACGGCAUUAGUUGGAAAGACAGCACAACUGAACUGCAGAGUUCAUGAUCUCGGAAACAGAACAGUGUCAUGGAUUCGGCAUCGAGAUAUACACCUGUUAACUUCUGGAAGGAUGACAUACACGUCCGACCAGAGAUUUAUCAGCGUACACAAUCCUCACACUGAGGACUGGAUAUUAAAAAUAAGAUUCCCGCAACGCCGAGACUCGGGCAUUUACGAAUGCCAAGUUGGAACUACUCCGCCCAUCGGACAUCGAAUGUUCCUCUCCGUCGUCGCAGAGCCCCUGACGACGAUCCUGGGCGGACCAGAGUUGUUCAUCAAUACAGGAAGCACCAUCAACCUGACGUGCGUGGUGCAACACUCCCCCGAACCACCGCCAACUAUCCGUUGGACGCACAGCGAUGAGGAGAUCAACUACGAUUCUCCCCGCGGUGGAGUGUCCGUGAUCACGGAGAAAGGUGAGACGACCACGUCUCAUCUCCUGGUGCAGAGAGCGAAGGCUCCUGAUUCUGGCAGGUAUACCUGCGCGCCAGCGAAUGCCAAUCCUCGAUCAGUUCUCGUCCAUGUUCUAAGUGGUGAACACCCAGCUGCUAUGCAGCACGGAGGUCAGCUACGUCUCCAGUACCCACUGUCUGCGGCGCUCCUCAGCGUCAUAGUGACUCUUAUGGGCUGCUAGUGAUAAGCGGUUUUCUGUUCACUUUACGACGUCACGGCAGCCAAUCACCAUGUGACCUGACUCCGCGGUCUCGGGAACAUUGAACCCACAUUUUGCCCCUUAACACUAAAUAAUACAAUUCACCCCAAAACUGAUACCCAUUGAACCCUGAAAAGAAUCAAUUUACACUAUUUUUAAUGCACAUUAUCAUAGUUUCUAUUUUAUUUUGUUGUCUAGUUUACAAAUAAAUAUCUUAAAGACAACUUAUUAAAUAAAAAGUUUGUUUGUUAUGGAACUAGAAGGUUUAUAUACUAUAAAUGUAUAACCCUACUCGUCCUUAAAAUGGCGGGACUAAUGGGUAUGUGGGGCAAGUUAGAACUUUACUGAUCCCGAGACCUUCUUAACUAAAGCUGGUUACAAAAAUAAACACAUAAUUGUAAAAGUUAACAAUGAUAUCUAUCAGAAUGUAAUAUGGACACAGUUCUCGUAUCACGGGAAUCAACCUCGUGACUUUCGCGUGACUAAAACCAACCUACUGUAGGUGUAAUAAAAUAGCAGUUAUCAAGUUCAUAGCAACAUUUAACCACUAAGGAAACAAUGUAAUAACAAACCCGAUAGUUCUGUGUAGUGAAAACCCUUAGGUGUGGCCAUGCAUAAUAAUGCCAUUAACAAAAUACCCAGACUGAUACAGAUAUCAAGAAAAUAAAAAAAAAAUUGCCUACAAGGAUAAAAUCCACGACCAUCGCAAGCCAAGGUGGUAUGUUAAAAGGCUAUGGUGUUAGAUUCACCUUAUAUUUUAUGGUGUUCCACGAAGGUCGUCAAGUAAAUACUCGGUGUUUCACGGUGUUAUUUUUAGUUUGUACACAGUUAUGGAAAGCCGUUAGGUGAGCUGUCGACUUGUUUGCUAGUCGUAUGUCUAAAAAUAUGACUGGUACCAACAAAUAUGACCAAAAAGAUAUCGCAUUUAUAAGCUAGGUACAUAGCCAUAAAUUCGGAAUGCCUGUAAAUGAGAAAUUAUUGUUGAUAGAUCUACGCGGCUUCCAUUCACAAGAUCAUAGUAGAUGUUCGUUUUGCGAAUGAAUAUCUAACUUAGAUUGAUAUUCUAGUGUCAAACCAUCUAACGAUUUACAUCGAACGGAGUGCGUUAACGCACAUCAGAGCACUUUUUCGAAGCUAUAAAUAAAAUUAUAGGAUUUUUUUGAUACAACUUAGAAUGGCAAUCAAGCUGGCAGUCCACCUGAUGGAAAGUGGUAACCGUCGCCUAUAGACAUGAGCAGUACCAUGGACAUAACAGAGUAUACUGUUUCGCCCGUGAUACCUCCCAUGCGUUGCCAUUCCUCAGGACGUAAGUGUUAUUCCUCUGCACCCUGUAAAUUCACGUCAUAUCCUACACUUCAAACUUAACAACUGCGUCACGGUUGAAAAACGAAUGGAUUAUAAAUUUAAAAUUCGAUUGCAUGAAAUAUUUAUCAUAGAAACACUAUAAGUUAUGUACAUAUUCAGUUACUCUCUUAUUCAGUGGUCAUUAAUGUUCUUGUUCAAGCGGGCAGUGUCUAGUCGAUAAAUCCGCGUUUCCGAUCCGACGCGCUAUGACGCCUAGUGACGUGCGCCGUUCUAUGUAAAUCGUACUUAAGUUUGCAUGAGUUGUGCGACUUAGCAAGCGGCUUUAGUUAAAUCUAUUCAGUUCAUGAUAUAACCACAGAGCAGUAGCAGUAUGUGGAAGCUUUUCCAAUGGUACAAGAAUUUCAUAUUCAGUUUAUAAGGCUGUACGCAGAUUUACAUUAAUAGUAAUAUAGUAACGAAUAAAAGAAUCGUGUAAAACGCUAAUGGGAAAAAUGACAAUAGCGACGUCUUUAAAUGGACGACGUCAUAUUUUUUCUUUAAAGUCGGUUAUUGAAAAUAAUACUUAGAAAUCAGAUUUUUUGUCGUUUGUACCAUAAAAAAAAAAGAUAACUAGUCACAAUUUCGUAAACUACGUGAUUGAUAAAUGGCAAAGGAUGAGAGUGAUUAUGGGCAUCACAGUGUAUUCUGUGACAUCCAUGGAAUACCAUCGAUGCCACAGAAUCGUUGCCUAUAGACAUGAACAGCAGUCCAUGUCUAUAGGCGACGGCUACGACUUUUCAUCAGGUAAGCCAUCUACUUGUUUGCCACCCUAAUUAUUAAAAAAAAAUAUUAAUCAAUUUUACUCACAAGGAUUAGUGUACAUAAAAUGUAUACUAACUUUCCCAUCUUUGAAUCUCAAUUGGUUACAUUUAGAAAUUAUAUUUUGAAAAUUUCUGUCUAGGAUUUUUUGACUGGACUCCACGUGUGUUCUAUUCUGGGUUCCGAUUUACAGUUAAUCCUAAUUUGAAGCACAGGAACAAAUUUUGUUACACCACAUUACGAUUAUUAUGUGUAUUUGAUAUUACAUGGAAAUUUUAUGGGACAUAUAUCAUACCACAGAUCAUAGAUUCGCAUUAAUCUAUGGUUUUCUCAUUCAAUAUGGCGACACGUGUUUAACUUUGAAGUGUAACUUCAGCUAUGAUUUUGUUUUAUAAAUAUUAUUGUAAAUAAAAUAAAUAUAGAUAAGUAUUAAAUUGACACUUUGUUUUAUUAAUUUGUAUGCAUUUAAAUUUAAAAAAAGAACAUUAGAAUAGAUUACGUUAUACUUUAAAUAACUAUUGAGAGUUAUUAAAUAAAAAUAUGGUACAUAAUUAUAUAAAUGUAAUUAUAGUAAAAACAUAUAUAAUUAAGUUUACAUUAAGUUGUAUAAUUAAUAUUAAUAUUAUAUAAGAGAAUUUGUUUCAAAUAGUUCUUGAAAUAAUUGGAUACGGUUGUGUAAAUAGGUAAAAAGUUAAGGGAAUAAAUAAACUUAU